AUGUCUGCUCAUGGGGAGACUGUUCCUUUGGACGAGGGAUGGACUCUAAUUCGAGAGAAAGCAAUUGAUAGGCUGGAGUACUAUUUGAAUACUGGGAAGGUGCCUAAGGAUGUGGUGCAAGUCGAAGGAAAGCCACCUCGUAUUUUUGGUGCUGGCGACUAUGCACAGCUCUAUACGACUGUAUAUAACAUGUGUACUCAGCGGUCACCGAACAACUGGUCAGAGGAGCUUUAUCAACGUUAUGGAGAGUCAAUGGCGUCGUAUGUGACGAAGAAAGUUGUACCGAAGAUAGAAGGACUUGAGGGAGAGGCUCUUCUUAAGGAGCUACUACUACGAUGGAAUAACCAUAAGCUUUACAGCAAGUGGAUGGAGAGGUUCUUUACGUAUUUGGAUCGGUAUUAUGUGAAGUUGCAGUCUGUUGACACUUUGGCUGUGCGAAGCGUCACUAUUUUCAAGACUUUGGCGUUCGAUCAUGGUCACGUACCUGUUAGAUGCCGAACUGCUAUUCUAGAGAUGAUCAAUAUCGAGAGGGAAGGUACUGAAGUGGAUCAGGGUCUACUUAGAGGAGUCGUGGAUAUGCUGUUCGAUCUUGGUAACGCGAGUAGAGCCAGCAGCGCGAGUGAUGGGCAAGGGAGCAGUAGCAGCUCUAGCACUAGUAACCGUCCUACUUUGGGUGCUGCACCGGUCCAUGCUAAUGAUGAACUGGGGAGCACACUGUGGGUGUAUCAGCAGGAACUGGAGGAGUACCUUCUACCGGAAACUGACCGCUUUUAUGAGCGGCAGGCUAAGGCGUGGCUCGUUGGUGAUUCCCUGCCGGAAUAUUUGGUGAAGGCCGAGUCGGCUCUGAUGGCAGAGCAGAAGAGAGUGGAGACGUACUUGCACCCCUCGUCUAUGCAGAAAAUUAAAAAUGUUGUCAUUAAAGCGACGCUGGCGAAUACCAUGUCGCAAACCUUGGAGAAGGACACGAGCAUCACAUGGAUGCUAGAUAACGAUAGGAGGGAGGACCUGUCCCGUCUUUGGCGGUUGUUUGGCCUGGUUAACAAUGGGUUGGUGCCUAUCGCGGCGAGCUUCAAACAAUACGUACAGGACUAUGGUAACAGUGUGGUGGAUGUAUUAUUGGAGCAGUUGAAGGCGUUGGGUCCUCAGCCGAGCCCGCAGGCUAAGGCGGAGAUCCUGGCCGACCCUUCCUUCGUACAGAAGCUCGUUGACAUGCACGAUAGGUUCAAGAGUAUUGUUGCUGAGUGUUUCCAAUCCGACGGCUUGUUCCAGAAGAGUCUGAAGGAGGCUUUCGAGACAUUCAUUAAUCGCGACUUGGGUCGGUUCAGCGUCUCUGCUAUGAUGAGUAGUUUCUGUGACAAAGUGCUGAGGAAAGGAGGUCAGAGGGGCUCCUGUUGGCAUAUGGGAUGGGUUCGUAUACACAAUGGGGUGUCGGGAGAGGAGCAGUCGCGUUUCGACUUGCCUCUGGGGCAGGCUGGCGGGAGCCCCGAGACCGUCUUGUAUACGCUGGACAGAUUCUGUCAGCAUUUCUGUUCUUGCCCUAUACAAAGACUCCAAUGGUUAUGCAAUGAUGGGGAUAGAGUCACACGCGAGCGUUGUGACGUCCGUAUGCUGGUCUCGGCUCUAGAGGCUAGGCACUCUGAUGCUGUUGCUGCUACUCCCUUGCCACCCUUGCUGCUGUGUACAGUGCCUAUGACACCAGCUUGCGAGAUGAGAGUGUUCAUACCGCGUCAAGGGGAAGGAGAGCCAAUCCGUCUGAAGUCGUUGUACCCGAGGAGGGUUGCUGGUACUGGCCCUGUAGAGUUACGAAUGAGCACCUCAUAUCUACCCGAGGGGCAUGUCUAUUCGGUGGUAUUCACCAGUCAAUGGGACUCGGGACAAACGUUUACCGCUGAUUGUGCUGUGAAUACAGACCGUAUGGGGGUAGUCUUGAUGGCGCCCUCAGAGCUCCUUCAUACUGCAUGGUUUCAAUACGGUAACGAUCUAUAUGAUGUUCAUCUUGUUAUCGACCGAAAAUAUCGCUCUGAAAAUCGUCGUGCCCUCACGGUCCAGUCUCCGAGUGAGAUAGGAAGCUCCUCUAGUGGCACUGAGGGCUCCCUUAGCUUUGAAGUGUUUGAUAUUGAGAGAGGCAGCAAUGAUAUAGACGGCACAUCUCCUUAUCGUAACACGCCAACGAACUGGACUCCUUUAUCUGAGUGAAGAACCAAGUCUUUUAUCGCAGUACCUAUCAUGAUCGAUUCCUCUUGUGUCUCUCCUCGUUGCUUUCCGGGUAUAUUAUCAUUAUUAUUUUUAUUAUUAUUAUUGUCAUAAUUCAACGAGGAGGUUCAGUCAGCAUAUUGAAGCUAGUGGAGUUUAGUAGUGUGUAGUCCGUGUAGCAU